UAAUAUACUUGAACCUUCACUUAAAAUUCGAAACGUGGGUUUUCAGUCUUGUUCAUUAGCUAGCGUUGCUUGAACCGAACUGAAGGUAUUUCCAAAAUCCAAAACCAAAGUGUUUUCAGCAACUCAAGAUGAUUGAAGAACCCUAAUCUCUAUCUGAUCACACUAGAAACGCAUUUACUAUCCUCAUCUGAAGCAGCUCGGAAGGAUCGAGCAGUUUCAAUUUCGAUGCAUGGUGAAUUCAAUUGAGCUCAAUUUCAAGGUUUGAUUCUUCAACCAUGUGGUAUUCCUUCUGGAAACCAAGAGAUCGUUUCUCCUUGGAUCAACUCAGGUACUUAACCGAUCAGUUGACAAAAGUACAAAUUAUUAAUGAGGUUAAUAAGGGUUUUGUUGUUGAGGCGCUGAGAUCAAUUGCGGAGUUGAUAACAUAUGGCGACCAACAUGACCCAAGCUUUUUUGAUUUAUUGUGUCGUAGCUUGUGACAGAUUCUUCAUGGAAAAACAAGUCAUGGGUGAGUUUUUACGUGUUCUAAAACUCAGCAGGACUUUAAGCGUUCCACUUCAGUUGCUGCAAACAGUGAGCAUUAUGGUCCAGAACCUAAAAAGUGAACACGCUAUAUACUAUAUGUUUAGUAAUGAACAUAUAAACUACCUGAUAACUUAUCCGUUUGAUUUUCAAAAUGAAGAGCUGCUGUCUUACUACAUAUCCUUUUUAAGAGCAAUAAGUGGAAAAUUGAACAGAAAUACGGUUUCACUGCUUGUGAAGACUCAUGGUGAUGAAGUAGUUUCAUUUCCACUGUAUGUUGAGGCCAUACGCUUUGCUUUUCAUGAGGAGAGCAUGGUUCGCACAGCAGUACGAGCUGUGACACUUAAUGUUUAUCAUGUUGGAGAUGACUCUGUUAAUAGAUAUAUAACCAGCACACCUCACAAAGAUUACUUCUCUAACCUGGUUUCAUUUUUUAGGAAGCAGAGCAUGGAUUUAAAUAAACUGCUAAAUCCCAGACCAGAUUCAAUCUCUACAAUUAUUGCUGCUGUAGAUGAAAUUGAGGAUAAUCUGUACUACUUUAAUGAUGUCGUCUCUGCUGGAAUUCCUGAUGUUGGGAGGAUAAUUACAGACAGCAUUUUGAUCAUUUUGAUAUUUCCAUUACUUUUUCCUUCCCUGAGGAUCGGGCCUGAUAAGGAAAUGCAAGAUGGUGUUGUCACUUCUCUGUACUUACUUUGUUGCAUCUUGAGGAUUGUCAAAAUCAAAGAUUUGGCAAAUAUCAUAGCUGCUGCUCUUUUUUAUCCCUUAGAGGCCUUUACAAAGAGUUCUGGGGGUAAACUCAGUGGCUUUAUAUCUGAUCGUGGUUUCACAUUUGAAUGCCAAGUGCCAGAUAAUCUUACCAAAUAUGAUACAAGACACUCAAUGGUUAAUGUUCCAUAUUCUUCUAGUUCUCCAGGUCUUCAUUCAGAUGGUGGUGUUUUGCAAAAUGAUUGUAGCAGUUCAAAUUUGUCUUUAAGGGAGGCUUUGCUUGAGUAUGUAAUAAAAGGAAAUGAUAACCUAGUUUUGGGUUCUUUGAGUGUGCUUGCAACUCUGCUGCAAACUAAAGAACUUGACGAAUCAAUGUUAGAUGGGCUUGGAAUUCUUCCACAACGCAAACAACACAAGAAAAUGUUAUUGCAAGCUUUAGUUGGUGAGGCUUCAGGUGAAGAGCAGCUUUUUUCAUCGAAAAGUAGCUUUAGUAGGGAUGGCAUUGGUAAUGAUAUCAAUGUCUAUCAUAAAAAGAUCAAGGAGCAGUAUGGAGUAUCUUUUCUGCCUUCUGAUGUGGGAAUAAGCUCUCUUGUACAUAGAUUUCAGGUGAUUGAUGCAUUGGUGAUCCUCUGUUGCCGCUCUAACAUAUCUGCAGAGGUACUAUGGGAUGGCGGUUGGCUUCUGCGCCAGUUGCUUCCUUACAGUGAGUCAGAAUUCAACAGCCAUCACCUUGAAUUACUGAAAGCUUCUCACGAGAAACAUGCUUCUGCUCUUGUAGAGGAGGUUAGAGGUAUCUGGCCUGACUUCCUUAUUUCCAUUCUCUGUGAUGAAUGGAGAAAAUGCAAAAGAGCAAUGGAGUCAUCAUCUCCUCGGAAAGAACCAAAGUGCAUACUUUUGCCACCACGAAAGAAUUCUUCAGAAGGUGGUAUUCCAGAGGGGUCAUCUUUUGCUGCUGGAGAAAGAAUGCAUGAGUUGAUGAAGGUAUUUGUACUACUGCACCAACUUCAAAUAUUCACUCUUGGUAGAGCUUUAUCUGAGCAACCUAAAAUUUACCCUCCUGGUGAUCUCCUUGAAAAUUGCCGUGCCCAGGGUUCUGGGCUUGACGUGUCAGGUCCAAAGGCAGGCUCUGAAAUCAGACUUGGCAACGCCGUGCCUUGUAGAAUAGCUUUUGAGAGGGGCAAGGAGUGCCAUUUUUGCUUUCUAGCAAUUUCUUUAGGAAUAUCUGGGUGGCUUGUUCUCGCAGAGGAAUUGCCACUGAAGAAGUCCUAUGGAGUGGUUCGGGCUGUUGCACCUUUGGCCGGGUGCAAUCCCAGGAUUGAUGAUAAACAUGCAACUUGGUUACACUUGCGGAUUCGCUCAUCCUCUUUACCCUUUCUCGAUCCUGUCCAUUUCAAAGACUACGGGAAGAAGAAAAUAAAAGCUUCGGUAGAUGGCAGAUGGACAUUGGCGUUCAGAGAUGAGGAGACUUGCAAGUCAGCUUUUAUCAUGAUUGUCGAAGAGAUGAAUCUUAUGAGUGAUGAGGUUCAUAGAAGAAUAAAACCUUUGCUCAGCCUUGAAACUGCAAUAGAUUUAUCAAGCUCGUCUGUAUGUAUUCCAGAGGAUUCCUCAUCGUAUAGAACACAUCCAAAUUAAUUUCGUCACCCUUUUGUACAUGACUCCAAAUUGCCUUCUACAUAGUGUCAUUCUUUUUUGUAUACUAGCUCCGUAUAAUUUUUCACUAUUACGGGUAAGUUUCGCAACCAAUGUAAAUAUGAGGGGACCUCAAAGGAUCUCGUAUAGAUGUGUGUUUUUCUUGUUUGGAACGUCUUCGUAAUUUUUGUAUAGUAGUGUGUUAACGCUAA